AUGAAUUCUAUCCGGCAGAUCCAGGCCCUGAACAAACGCGAGUUAGAAAAUGCAGUGUCCCCAGAAGCUUCCUGGCACGCCGAUUACCGUGAUACAGCCUACAUCUACAUCGGCGGCCUACCAUAUGACCUCAGCGAAGGCGACAUCUUAACCAUAUUCUCCCAAUUCGGCGAACCCGUCCACCUCAAUUUGGUUCGCGACAAAGAAACCGGGAAAAGCAAAGGGUUCGCUUUCUUAAAAUACGAGGACCAGAGGAGUACUGAUCUGGCUGUGGACAAUCUAUGCGGCGCGAACAUAAUGGGCCGGUUACUAAGGGUUGACCAUAUGAGAUAUAAGCGAAAAGAAGAAGAAGGCUUGGAGGAUAACAUUGCAUUAUUGGAAAAGGAAGAACAAGAAAAGGAACGAGAUAGGCCAAGUCGUGACCGUGAUAGCCACAGAGGAUCUCGAAAGCGGCGCUCGGAGAGCAGGAGUGACAACGAGCGACGAAGACGGCCAUUAUUGAAAGAAGAGCAGGAAUUAGCGCGGCUUAUUGAAGAGCAUGAUGAUGAAGAUCCAAUGAAACAGUAUCUGAUACAGGAAAAGAGAGAGGAGGUCGCAAAGGCGCUGGAAAAGUCAAAGUCAAGUAGGCGCAGAAGGAACAGCACCGAAAGACGAGAUAGGUCUCGGCACCGGCAUCGGCAUCACCAUCGACGGAGACGUAGUGAAGAGCGUUCUCGUUCGCGUGACAGAUGCGAAAAAUCAGGGACACAGUCGCCUCCGAGGGAGCGCAGGCAUCGAAAACGGGAUGACUGA